AGCUUGCAAGUGACCUAUAUUGAAACAUACACCCCACCGCAAAGUAUUGAGUUUCCAGAGGAGGAGCAGCUAUCACACUUCGGGGUCACUUUACACAUUCCCUUUCUUUCUGGCUGUGUUGCACUGCACAGGAGAAAUAAAGAAGCCAAGAUGAUGCAAAUGUAUUUCUACUUCUCCGACAAGGUGGUACUUUUGUUUGACUUCUGGAAUGUCCACACCCCUGCAGGGAUGGUGCUCUCGGUGCUGGUGGUUCUGCUGCUAGCGGCAUUGUACGAAGUCAUCAAGAUGAGCAAAACCAAACUCCUUCGCCAGACGAUACUGGCCAUCCCCGCCACCCUCAGUCAGGAGUCACUCGGGGAGCCGGAGACAGGGUCUGUCAACUCCAACCUGAGUCAGCAAAACACCACCUCAAAAAGGUGGUUUCUUUCCCACAUCAGCCAGAGCCUGCUCCACGUGGCCCAGGUGGUGAUCGGUUACCUGGUGAUGCUGGUGGUGAUGUCCUACAACACUUGGAUCUUCCUGGGGGUGAUCGUGGGUUCCGCCCUGGGUUUCUACCUGGCUUACCCGGUGUUCAACGCGAGAUAGCGGUGGCCUGCUGCACUCCAGGGCAACAUCUGCAGUGGGAGGACGACUAAGGAGGCUCUACUAGAGAAAAUGAUUGUGCAAGACUUGGCCUGGAGCUGGCAGGAGAUAAUCCCCACGCAAUGGGGGACGCCCCCCAUUCUCCCACCCUGGGGGGGAUUGAGUUUCUUCCUUUUCAACCUAGCGUGGUCUCCCCUUCUAUACAAUUAUCCAUUUUCAAGAUCGCUUUUGGACCCUUUCUGCUGGGCAGGCCCUCAUCGUCCUGGCCAAGCAGGGCACGGCCCCACAAGGAGCUAAACUGGGCCACGGGCUGCUGCCGUCUCCAAUGACUUUGAACCCACCCUCAGUUCUCACUCAGGAACCCCAGGAGCCUUUCCCUGCUGACUGGAGGAGCAAGGGGGCUUGGGCCGUGGGCACUGCCACCCUCGCCUGGGGACUGACAGAGCGGGCGGACGUGUUACAGGCUACGUCCAUCAGCGGGUGCUGGAGGGAUGGGAAUGCCAGGGGAUAGAUUGGGGUUAUUUUACUCUCCCUCACAGGUUGUUCAUGUUCCUGACUGGCCCCCCUAACGGCUCUGUUCCCCUCUCCCUGCUGCUUGUGGGCAGGAGGAAAUGUGCUCGUGCUGGUCUCUGACCCUAAGGGGACGCUCCCCUCACACUGUGCCUUCUGUGUUCCCAACAGAGCAAAGCCGCACGGCAGCGCCCUCUGGCUAGCGCAGGGGGUGGGCAGAGCUUGACCACCCUCCUGCUGCUGGAGCAUAAGGGAGUCAGUCAGUUGGUUUAACCGUCUUGCGCGUGCCAUGGCUCGGUUGCUUUGGAAACCAGGAUGCACCAGGGGCUGGUGUGUCUCACAGGAUCCUGUUGUAGUUCAUGCCAAAAGAAGGACCAGUUUUAAUAAAGCUAAUUGCGCACGUGUGUGUGUGGGUUUGUGUGUGCGCGCGCGCACCUGAUCAUGGGAGAAGCCGCUGGCCUCUCAUAAGGCUGAAAGAUAACGUGUAAAUAGGUGGUGCUGAUCAAAAAUCAGGCUCCCCAAGGGCCAGCCAUUCCCCCGUGGCAAGGGACUGCUCAGACAGCUGCAAGGGAUGCAGUCAAGAGCAAACAAAGAUUUCAACAUUUUUAGUAUAAAUUCACUAAAUUUCUAAAAGAAAAGUCAUUUUGAAAACGUUGAAAGGGAUUUCUUGACAACUGCUCAGCUCUCUGCACAUCAGGCACAAGCCCUCUCGGGCCUGCACAGCCCAGAGUUGUACAUGGACAAAAAAAUAAAUUAUUCUAUUGAAGGUUUAA